GGAGUAUGGAAACCUUCUUGGAGAAUGAUUUUUAUUCUGGUAGUUUCCUUUGUGUAUUAUUCUUUAGAUAAUGAAGAAGAGUUUUGCGCUAUCGGGGUUGGCAAUGAUAUACGUGAACGGCGUAGGAAACAACACACUGAGGCUGAGCAACGUAGAAGGGAUGCCAUCAAGGUUACCUUCUUUGGGUUUAUUUUGCCAGAAAGAAACUAUGAAAAUAUUGUAAAAAUGAGAUCUGCUCAUGGUAUUCCAAAAGAGAAAAUAAGCGAAGAACUAAAAUUUCGCACUUUUGAACUAUUUUUGGAGCGCAUUUUUGUAUCUUUUGAUACCUCGGUUCACCUCUCUUCUUUUCAGGAACUAUCCCGGUCUAUUAUUCAUUGGCUGGAGGAGCAUUGUCGCCCAGGGGAUGACAGUGAAUUUGGUCCCACAACUCUCCAUUUUCCCUCACUUGCAAACUCCUUUGCUGAUGAAUCUGCCAACGCCCUCCGAAAAUUCCUCCCGUGA